CACAAUGGUACAGCCAGCAUCUUGCAGCACAAUGGUUGCAAGGUGUUUGUGAGCAUCAACAACCCUCUGCUUUGCUCUCCCCGCUUGUUUAGCAGCGUCUAUAUGUAUACAUAUGUUUAUUAAAUACAUUCAAAAAGAAGAAGAGGUUUCCACCUGACCUUUUGGGAUCCUUUGGCCAUGAUCGCCGCACAGCUUCAGGCCGGGAUGUUUUGAACUGGACUGUCACCGGAUUGGGUUCGUCAUCAGCUGGCACGGAAUGGUAUUUAUGAGCAGACAUUUCUUAUACAACUGCAGCCAACCAAUCCUGGAUGUGAAGAUAGCAUUUUGUCAGGUGUGUGUCCCUUACAGGUAAAAAAAAGGGUUUUGGAAAACAAGUGGAUGUGUCAUAUAUUGCCAAACAUUACAACAUGAGUAAAAGCAAAGUGGACAACCAGUUCUACAGCGUGGAAGUGGGAGACUCUACCUUCACAGUUCUAAAACGCUACCAGAAUUUAAAGCCCAUUGGUUCUGGAGCUCAGGGGAUUGUCUGUGCGGGCUAUGAUGCUGUCCUAGAUAGAAAUGUAGCCAUCAAGAAGCUGAGUAGACCCUUCCAGAACCAGACCCAUGCCAAGAGGGCGUACCGGGAGUUGGUGCUCAUGAAAUGUGUCAAUCACAAAAAUAUUAUCAGUUUAUUAAAUGUCUUCACACCACAGAAAUCAUUAGAGGACUUUCAAGAUGUGUACCUAGUAAUGGAGCUGAUGGAUGCCAACCUAUGCCAGGUGAUUCAGAUGGAACUCGACCACGAGAGAAUGUCCUACCUGCUCUACCAGAUGUUGUGUGGCAUCAAACAUCUGCAUUCAGCAGGCAUUAUUCACAGGGACCUGAAACCGAGCAAUAUAGUGGUGAAGUCAGACUGCACUCUGAAGAUCCUAGACUUUGGUCUAGCUAGGACCGCGGGCACUAGUUUCAUGAUGACCCCUUAUGUGGUGACAAGAUACUACAGAGCCCCAGAGGUUAUACUGGGCAUGGGAUACAAAGAGAACGUGGACAUAUGGUCGGUGGGGUGCAUUAUGGGAGAAAUGGUGCGCCACAAAAUCCUUUUCCCCGGGCGGGACUAUAUUGACCAAUGGAACAAGGUGAUCGAGCAGCUUGGCACGCCGGCGCCAGAGUUCAUGAAGAAGCUCCAACCCACCGUGAGAAACUACGUGGAGAACCGGCCAAAGUAUGCAGGUCUCACCUUUCCAAAACUCUUCCCGGACUGCCUUUUCCCCGCAGACUCCGAGCACAACAAACUGAAAGCAAGCCAAGCCAGAGACCUGCUGUCCAAAAUGCUGAUCAUUGACCCCGCCAAGCGGAUAUCGGUGGACGAGGCCUUACAGCACCCUUACAUCAAUGUGUGGUACGAUCCGGCCGAGGUGGAGGCGGCCAGAGAUCUCAUCCAAAUAUCCAUGCCUCCACCUCAGAUCUAUGACAAGCAACUUGAUGAGAGAGAACACUCCAUUGAUGAAUGGAAAGAGCUGAUCUACAAAGAGGUGAUGAAUUUUGAGGAGAGAACAAAGAAUGGCGUUGUGAAGGGACAACCUUCACCUUCAGGUGCAGCCGUGAACAGCAGCGAGAGCCUCCCUCCGUCCUCGUCCAUCAACGACAUCUCGUCCAUGUCCACCGACCAGACCCUGGCCUCAGACACCGACAGCAGCCUGGAGACCUCGGCGGGACCCUUGGGGUGCUGCAGGUGACUAGCCGCCUGCCUGCGCAACCCCGCCUUCUUCCGGCAUUAGAGAAAGGAUAAAGGGGAGAGCGUCUCUUAAACUAAAACAAAACGAAAAAAGAAAAGAGGUGAAACAAUCAAUAUGAAACGAUGAAGCCUGCGCGUUGUCAUGCUAGUAACAACAUCGGUAUUUAAAGUGAACAGAUAUAUCCUCUAGUUGCUUUGCUUAUACUCCUAUAUGGCGCCCCAAUGCUUUAGACUGGCUGCGAGACACACCGACACAACCCAGGACAGAAAUAGCGUUUAAAUCAAGGGUGCCCAAACCUUUUCCACAAUAGACCAGUGAACCCUCUUGUCGUAUAUCACCGCUGUUUGUCUCUGACAGUUCCUGAAAGUUUUCUUUAAAGGGGAACAUUAUCACCAGACCUAUGUAAGGGUCAAUGUAUACCUUGAUGUUGCCUAAAAAAGACCAUAUGUAUUUUUUAACCGAUUUCCGAAGUCUAAAUGGGCGAAUUUUGAUGAAUUAAACGCUUUUCUAUUAUUCGCACUCGGAGCGAAUAAUACCUAUGUGACGUCAAACGGGUCAAUCCACCAUUUUUUCAAACACAUUACAAACACCAAGUCAAAUCAGCUCUGUUAUUUUCCAUUUUUUCGACUGUUUUCCGUACCUUGGAGACAUCAAGCCUCGUCAGUGUGUUGUCGGAGGGUGUCACAACACGAUCAGGGACGGAUUCAAGUUGUCUUACGUGGAGUGUGCAUCGAUUAGCACGGCAUGCUAAUCGAUGCUAACAUGCUAUUUAGGCUAGCUGUAUGUACAUUUGUAGCUAUAUUUGCAUCCAGCCUUUCCCUCCACCCACAUUUAAUACCAAACAAACAUUUACCAAUCGACGGAUUUAAAUUGCUCCAGUGUCACAAGAUGCGAAAGUCCCGAUCGUUUGGUCUGCACAUUUUAUCGGCGAUUCUAAGGCAGACAUGGCACAGAGAUGUAUGGAUAUCCUGCAGAUGCAUUUCCAACGAUAAAGUCAACGAAAUCACAAAGGUGAGUUUUGUUGAUGUUAUUGACUUAUGUGCCAAUCAGACAUAUUUGGUCGCGGCAUGACUGCCAGCUAAUCCAUGCUAACAUGCUAUUUAGGCUAGCUGUAUGUAUAUUUGUAGCUAUAUUUGCAUCCAGAGUUUCCCUCCACUCACAUUUAAUGCCAAACAAACACUUACCAAUCGACGGAUUUAAGUUGCUCCUGCACAUUUUACCGGCGAUGCUAAGGCAGACAUGGCACAGAGAUAUAUGGAUACCCUGCGACAGUCAAUCGUUGGUUAGAAGGCGAUCGCCGAAUAGCGUCAAUAGCUAUUCGCUCAAUAGCUUCAGUUUCUUCUUCAAUUUCGUUUUCGCUAUUUGCUUCCAUACUCCAACCAUCAAUAUUUCAAUCAAUCAAUGUUUACUUAUAUAGCCCUAAAUCACUAGUGUCUCAAAGGGCUUGCCAAACCACUACGACAUCCUCGGUAGGCCCACAUAAGGGCAAGGAAAACUCACACCCAGUGGGACGUCGGUGACAAUGAUGACUAUGAGAACCUUGGAGAGGAGGAAAGCAAUGGAUGUCGAGCAGGUCUAACAUGAUACUGUGAAAGUUCAAUCCAUAAUGAAUCCAACACAGUCGCAAGAGUCCAGUCCAAAGCGGAUCCAACACAGCAGCGAGAGUCCCAUCCGUUUCAAUACACGUUUAAUCUGUUGAAUCGCUUCAGCCGCUGAAAUCCGAGUCUGAAUCUUAGCUAAUGUCCCUGUAUCUUGCUGUGCUAUCCGCCUUUUGUUUGUAUUGGCAUCACUGGAUGACGUCAUAGGAAAAUGGACGGUAACUUCACAGAUAGCGGCACUUUAAAACCUUUUUUCGGGAUAUUCCAUGAUGGGUAAAAUUUUGAAAAAAACUUUGAAAAAUAAAAUAAGCCACUGGGAACUGAUUUUAUUUGGUUUUAACCCUUCCGAAAUUAUGAUAAUGUUCCCUUUUAAAAUACGCUUAUCGAUUUUUGUUUCAUCCUGCCAACAAACAAACUAAUUGACAAACCUCGAUGGUAACAUCACCUGGUGGAGGUUCAAAAAAAAUGAUGACAAAAAAACAUGCCAGGGCCAUUUCGAUACAUUUACAUUUGCAUUUACAUUUUGCAAACAGGCCAAAAGCAACCUAUAUGCUAAGAUCUCAUUCCCAGCUGUUUCUGGUUUAUUUCUAAAAUAUGACACAGGCCCAUAAAAAACAAGCUGAGGGUCUUACUUUGAUUAAAACGCUCCAAUCUUUGUAUUAUUAGCAAUAUUUCAACUUUUACUUAUUGCUUCCAACCUUUUUUUUACAUACAGUAUAUGUAAAUUUUUGCAGGCCCUUAAAAAAACAAGCUGAGGGCCUCACUUUGAAAACCCAUGAUCAAAACGGCUGCGAUGAGAUCGCGACUUAUCCAGGGUGUACCCCGCCUUCCGCCCAAAUGAAGCUGAGAUAGGCUCCUGCACCCCCAUCCCGCGACCCCAAAAAGGGACAGGCGGUAGAAAAUGGAUGGAUGGAUGAUCAAAACGCUCCAAUCUCUUUAUUAUUACCAAUAUUUCUACUUCUAAUCAUCUUUUCAAACUUUUUUAUGUAAUUAUUUGUAGAAUUUUAAUUCCACAAUGAUUUGCAGGCCUAUACAAAACAAGCUGAUGUCUGCAAAUUGCCUAACACUGACCGCUGUAGUCCAUAUUUUUAUUACCAUUUGAAAGUUUUCUCAUUUCGUUGAGCCUUGUUUUUUUCUCUUACCGUUAAUAGGGUUUUCCUUUUUUCAUUAAUAAGCAGGCCCAUAAAAAAACAAAACAAGCUAAUGGGUCGUAAACACGCAGUUCAAACUCUUCAGUCUUUGCAUUAUCAUUAACAUUAUUAACAUUUAAACAUUCUCUCAUUACCUUGCCAUUUUUCUAUAAUAACACAGGCCCAUAAAAAAACAAGUUUUGUGCCUCACUUUGGACACCCCUGAUUUAAACGCUCCAGUUUGUUUUGUCAAAAUGUCAACUUUACUUCUUGCCCCGCUUUAUUUAUUUUUUGGUAAAAUUUUCAUUUUAGAAUGAGUCACAGGCCCAUAAAAACAAGAUAAUGGGCACACUUUUUAAACACCUGUUUCAAACACAGCAGUCCCUGUGUUAUCAUUAACAUUAUCAACAUUUAAACAUCUCUCACUACGUUGUAAUCGUCCUAUAAAAUCUGCAGGCCCAUAAAAAAACGAUUUCCUUGCUGCACUUUGGACACCCCUGAUUGAAACACUCCAGGCUCUGUAUUGAUACAAACAAUUAAUCAACUGAUUCUUUUUACUUCUUAUCAACUGUUUUUUUUUUCAUUUCUACCUUGUUUUUGGUAGGUUUCUUUUAUGUCAAAGUUUUCAUUGUAGAUGCACCGCAGGCCCAUAAAAACAAAUUUUGUGCCUGACUUUGGACACCCCUGAUUUAAAUGCUACAGUCUCUGUAUUAAUACAAAAAAAUAUUCCGCUGUUUCUUUUUACUUCCUACCUUGUUUUUGGUAGGUUUCUAUUAUAUAAAAGUUUUAAUUGUAGCUUGUCCGCAGGCCCAUAAAAAACAACUUUUGUGCCUCACUUUGGACACCUCUGAUUUAAAUGCUCCAGUUUUUUUUGUCAACAUUUUUGCUCUACUACUUGCCCUGUUUAAGUUGUUUUUAUUUUGUUAAAAUUUUGAUUUAAGAAUGAGUCGCAGGCCCAUAAAAACAAGAUAAUGGCCACACUUUUUAAACACCUGUUUCAAACACAGCAGUGCCUGUAUUAUCAUUAACAUGAUCAACAUUUAAACAUCUCUCACUAUGUUGUAAAUGUCUUAUAAAAUCUGCAGGCCCAUAAAAAAACAAGUUCCUUGCCGCACUUUGGACACCCCUGAUUUAAACGCUACAAUCUCUGUAAUAAUACAAAAAAAAAAAAUCAACAAUUUCUUUUUACUUUUUACCUUGUUUUUGGUAGGUUUCUUUCAUGUCAAAUUUUUCACUGUAGACGACACCGCAGGCCCAUUAAGAAAACAAACCUCGUGCCACAAAUGGCCUCUUGGCCCGGAUUCUGGGCCCCCCUGAUUUAAACUCUUUGUGGCAAGGUGCGCCGCUUUUAACGUUCUCCUUCCUUUAUCAAACCAUGUGACUCCUACCCUGUCACGUGACCUCUCUGUGGCAGUAGAACCCCUAACCAACCUGUGUGUGUGUGUGUGUGUGUGUGUGUGUGUGUGUGUGUGUGUGCGUGUGCACGUGUGUGUGUGAGCGUGUGUUUAAGCGCAGCUAUUGUAAAUAUGUACAGCUGAAAGACACGCAAAGCGGGACUAACGGCCAGUAAUGUUCGCUGGAAGCUUCUUAUUUUUCUGUCUUAUUUUUGUAGUAUUCUAGACAAUUAUUGCACCUUGGUCACCUGCGCCGCUCUCGCCAGUCGAUGCAUGAAGACUGACAUUUGGGAAGAGUCACUAUAUCCUAAACAUGUGUCAAUAUCAGCCAACACACAAUGACAGGUCUGAGCUGAGUCGGAGUUGAAAAAAUGCCUGAUUCCUGCAAAAUAUUGCCUUUUUUUGGGGGCACGGUCUCAUUUCAGCUAAACUGUAAACGACACAGAACUCGGUUUUAGGUCGAGGUGCGAGCAAACGGGGAACAGGAAGUUUUAACCGCCAUGCAAAAGUAUUUGUCCACCACUGGCUUUGUUUUUGUGUCGUUAAUACUCUCCUUUGUGCUAGACUGACCUCUUUUCCCGGACAUGUACUCUUUCGCGGGGUUGUCCGGGCGGGGAGUCUUAAAUAACUUAAACGUCCAGCGGUUUGAGUCGGGGUUGCCGGUAUUUUCAAUGUCCGUACAGGGUUAAGAAGGAAUAAACAACAUAACAAAUUGUGAAGGUGUGCGCAUGCAGCAGAAUUUGUGAGGGGGGAGGGGCAGACAAGGUGAGAAAGUGAAUUGACUGGUAAUCAAGGCAUACUUGGUCAACAGCCAUACAGGUCACACUGAGGAUGGCCGUAUAAACAACUUUAACACUGUUACAAAUACGCGCCACACUGUGAACCCGCACCAAACAAGAAUGACAAACACGUUUCGGGAGAACAUCCGCACCGUAACACAACAUAAACAAAAAAGAACAAAUACCCAGAAUCCCUUGCAGCUACAAUAGCUACAAUAUUGAUGGUCAGCCUACGUUGUGCAUUUUUCUAUGGUAACUACGACAAACAAAAGAGCGCUUCAGCUAUCAAUACAGCAGAGGGCGCUGUCGCAAACAUUUCCCAGCAGAACAUGGCUUUGACGAGACAUGCACCGUCCACAAGUACUACGCUGUGUACGUCCCUGAAGGCAUCAUGUGCAGCCCGUUGUAGUACUUCACAUGUACCACAGCGUAAACUGGACAUGUACAUCUGCUAAUCAAACCAACCUGUCGUUUCAAAUUGUCCCUAAAACCGCAGCGCACUCGCGAGACCUUAAAAACUUAAGAGCGUUCUUGUCAAAUAGAGGACUCACAAUUUCCUCAGACAGUAAACCCCAAUCAUAUACAGCAGGAAAGGGAUUCAUCACGGUUGACCUGACACAUGAAACAUGACGAAUUAAGGGGGUGCACCAUUUGAUUCAGUCGCCAGAUGGCAGUAGUGUUGAAUAUUUUAAAAUGUGUUUUGUGGCAAUUCCAACGUUGCUAUGUCGAGUGGCGCUUUCCACCAUUUUCAGCAGACUGCAUUGCGAAAUGAUUUACCCCCCCCCCCCCCCCCUCCUCCUCUUACCCGAGGAUUUCAAUGUGAUGUUUUAGUUGACACGACAAACAAGCUAAUGGUGGCCAAGACUUUAGCACAGAUUUACGUCACGGUGGGAUGGCAAGUGCCUUCUGCUAGGUUGUCGUGUUUGAACCUGCACACGUCGCGUGGCUUCUUUUGCCUUAAAAGGACAAAUCGGAAUAGUUGACAAUUGUUCACCUCUCGUCGCAUGGCUUGACAAUUUAAACGUGUGUAUUUCAAACGGGCAAUAGUCUUAACGCAGAACGUCCAAAAUAUCUUCCCACCAGCCCCUUUUCCAAACAAAAAUAAACAAACAUUUGCGAUGAGGUGGCGACUUGUCCAGGGUGUACUCCGCCUUCCGCCCGAUUGAAGCUGAGAUAGGCACCAGCACCCCCCGCGAGCCCAAAAGGGAAUAAGCGGUAGAAAAUGGAUGGAUGCACCAUGGCGACAGUAUGGGAUAACCCACCUGCAGUACCCCGGAGGGCCUACAGGGGGAGGGUGAAUAAAGCUCGGUGUUGCGUUCAGGGUCCGGUCAGGGCAAUGUUUUGUCUCUUUCUUCAAACAGGGUGCAACUUUGACUUCUGUUGACCAAUGUUGUCUGAGACUCUUCUUGUGACGCAAACACACGUGUUGCACUCUGAAGGACUUUUUCCAACAACUUUCCUAUUCUAUCUUUUGGUCCUUAGUGCAUAUAUGGAUUUUUUUAGUUUUUUUUUUAUGUUGAUUCAUCAUUUUGUUUUGGGGCGUGGGGAGAGGGGUCAUGAAAUAAAAUCGACACCUCAUUUGUAAAUGUUUUAUUUAAUUCCAAGAAUGUGCCACAAAAGGCCGAUAAUCAUUUUAUCAAUUUGUUUACAUUGAAUUAUUUUGUUCAUAUUUGAUUAUUUUAAUUUAUUAAAAACAACAAUAAAUGUACAAGUAACAUCUGCGCCAGGGGUGUCAAACCUACGGCCCGGGGGCCGGAUCAGGUCCGCGGACAAUUUUUAACCGGCCCACGGGAUGAGUUCCCCAACUAUGAAAUUUUGCUGAAAUUUUUGAAUGAAAGAAACUGAUGUUCUAAAUGUGUCCACUAGAUGUCGCAAUAGCAAUUCUUUGUAUCUUUGUAGAUGAUGCUACAUAUGUACAAAAUAAACUACAUGAUGUUAGUACAUCAAACUACAUAAAUAACAUCCUGUAAUUUGAUUUUGAUAUAAUUUUUUAUCUUGAUAGAUUGAAAAUGAACACCAAUGAGUUGACUGAUGAACAUGAUCACAUAAUUUAUUUAGGAAAUAUUUUUAUUUUAUUUUUUUAUUUUUUAUUUUUUUAUAUUUCCUUAUUCAGGAAAUAUAAAUAAGGACAAAAAGAGAAAGAGUACUAUUAACCGCAAUAUGUAAGUGUAAAAGAAAACCCCAACAACAUUAUGACUUGUCCUAUUUCUAAACAAAGAAAACAAUCAGAAGUUGUCUUUGUUUUUAAGUUUUUGUGCUGUGAUUUCACCAGUCUGGCCCACUUUGGGGUUGAUUUUUCUCCAUGUGGCCCCCGAUCUAAAAUGAGUUUGACACCCCUGAUCCAGACACUUACAUUCAAUGUAUUAAAAAUAUUUUUUUCUUUGAAAUAUUUCAUUUUGUUGUAUAUAAUGUUUUAAAGCCGGGGUAGGAAACCUUGUGUUGCUCACCAGAAAAUUUGACCCAUAGACCUCAUAUGAACUUGAAGCCCCCAAAAUAUAAAAUAUUUAUAUUUUAUAUAACAAUUUCAUCACAUUUUUAAUAUUCUUCAUCAAUCAAAUAACAUACUUAUUCACAUUAUUAUGGGAAUUUACCAGAGUCACACAUUUAACUUCUUAGUAUUUUUUUUUCUGUCCAGCCAUGUAAUUGGUCAAAUAUGUCAAAUAUUAGAUAUAUUAUUAAAAAAAAAUACAAAAUGUUACAUGAAACCUGCAACUGGUGUUAAAAUGUCAAAAAAAAAGUUCCCACCCCUGCUUUAAAACACAAACAGCUGUCAAGUGAAUGUACAGAUGGAGCCAAUCAUUUCAACUUGAUUUGAAAUAAAGCAGCGAGUCAACACGACGUGUCCUGAAAUAAAACGAUUUGAUGUUUUUACUUUCAAGAUGAUCACUUUUCAAGUAUUUCUUUGAGGAAGUGGACUCACGUUUCUGUAAAUACCAAGCAGCCAUGGAUGCAAUAAAGACACUGGGAGGCCCGCUGAUGCGAGACACGACAAGGCCACCCUUGUUUUGCUCGUCUCCUCUCCCACUUUCACCCAUUUUCUUCUUCUUUUACUUUCUGCUGUUUCCACGAUUCUUCGACUUGCCCGCUGAUCUCGAAAAGUUUCAGGCAAAAAUAAAGUCCGAAACCACCGCAACUGAUUAAAACGUGACAUAAGAAAAGUAAAACAGGAGAGCUGUUACUCCAAACACAUUUUAAAGGAACUGUGUAUGUAAAAAAAACAAAACAAAAAAAAACAAUACAUGUAUGUGAUUGAAAAUAAACAGAAUCUUUGAUCUUGGAUGAA